AGCAACUAAACAUAGCAACUGGGGAAUCGGAACCUUGCGCGCCGGUCGAGCAGUUUCCAGCCUCCAGCGUGAGGGAACAGUUCUCUUUUGCCUGCGAGUCUGGAACUAUCUCAUUCUGGUCAAAGAAAGAGCCAGUCUAGGACCAGAAGCCUUUCGCGGAUUGCUGAAGCUGAAGGAGAUGUUUAACUCCAAGUUUGGAUCCUCUCCCAAAUUUUAUGUUCGAGCCCCAGGAAGAGUCAAUAUAAUAGGAGAGCAUAUAGAUUACUGUGGAUAUUCUGUACUUCCAAUGGCUGUAGAACAAGAUAUGUUAAUAGCUGUGGAACCUGUGAAAACAAACACUCUCCAACUGGGCAACACAAACCCCUUAUAUCCGGACUUCAGUACUAGUUCUAAUAACAUUCAGAUCGACAAAACCAAGCCUCUGUGGCACAACUAUUUCCUAUGUGGAUUUAAAGGAAUUCAGGAACACUUUGGUCUCAGUGACCUGACUGGAAUGAACUGCCUGGUAGAUGGAAACAUACCGCCAAGUUCUGGCCUCUCCAGCUCCAGUGCCUUAGUUUGUUGUGCUGGCUUGGUGACACUCACAGCACUGGGAAUGAACCUAUCCAAGGUGGAACUUGCAGAAAUUUGUGCUAAGAGCGAACGUUAUAUUGGCACUGAAGGAGGAGGCAUGGACCAAUCCAUAUCAUUUCUUGCAGAAGAAGGAACUGCCAAGUUGAUAGAAUUUAGUCCUUUGAGGGCGACUGAUGUUAAACUCCCAAGUGGAGCAGUGUUUGUGAUCGCCAACAGCUGUGUGGAAAUGAACAAAGCAGCAACUUCCCAUUUUAAUAUCAGAGUGAUGGAGUGUCGGCUGGCUGCAAAGCUCCUGGCUAAGCACAAAGGCUUGCAAUGGAACAAAGUUCUGCGACUGGAGGAGGUACAGGCCCAGCUAGGGAUUAGUCUGGAAGAAAUGCUCUCAGUCACAGAGGAUGCCCUUCACUCUGACCCCUAUAGCCCUGAGGAGAUCUGCAUGUGUCUGGGUAUUAGCCUGGAUGAACUCCGAACCCAGAUCCUGAGUCAAAACACUCGAGAUGUGCCCAUCUUCAAACUCUACCAACGUGCAAAGCACGUAUACAGUGAGGCUGCACGAGUGCUUCAGUUUAAGAAGAUAUGUGAAGAAGCACCUGACAACGUGGUCCAGCAGCUGGGAGAGUUGAUGAACCAGAGCCACAGGAGCUGCAGGGACAUGUACGAGUGCAGCUGUCCUGAGCUGGACCAGCUGGUGGACAUCUGUCGGAAAUUUGGUGCUCAAGGAUCACGGCUUACUGGAGCAGGAUGGGGAGGCUGCACCGUAUCAAUAGUGCCUGUUGACAAGCUGCCUGGCUUCCUGGCAAAUGUGCAGGAAGCUUUUUACCAGGGGAGUGACGCAAGCUUUGCACCUGAGAAACAGAGCUUGUUUGCUACCAAACCUGGAGGUGGGGCUUUGGUUUUCCUUGAGGCCUAAACAAUGUAAAAAAAUCUCAGAAAACUAUUUAGGGCAUUUAGGCACUUCCAAGACUUCCUAUGCCACAGUAAAUUAAUUCUCUUUCUGUUUUGUGUUAUAAUUUACAGUUGCUAUUAUCAAGAUGUAUUUACAAACAGCUGAAAGCUCUCUAUGCUUCAUAAUGAUUAUUUUUCCACCUUAAAAUAGGAUUUUAAAAAACUAAUCAGAGACAACAUUAGACUUAGGUAUUUUAAGGAUGAUUUACUGAGAUUGUCGAUGGGAAGAUUUUUAAAGAUAAAUGAUAAAACACUCUAAAUACAUGGAUUGGACUUGACUUAAAUAAACAUACUGCUACAAUUAAACUGAUAAAAUUGACUGUGUCUAUUAUUCUUGAAUUUAAUUAAUUUCUGGUUUCUCACUGUGUUCUGCUUCCUCCAAUGUGUAGAUUUCCGUUGAUGAUGAUGACUGUGAUGUCAUAUAUUCUAAAUCCAUGCUUUCUUCAGAACGCUGUGAAAAUAAUACAUGAUUGAAAAUUCAUAAAUUUUCUUUAACACCGUGUACUUGAAUGUGAAAUUUUCCAAAUUAUUAAGAUGGUAAGGGUCACUUUUUUUUUCUGGCAAACGAUGUAUUGGAAUUAGGAAGAAAAACCCAGGAUCAUUUAAAUUGCUUUUUUAAAAAAUGUAUUGUCAUACAAUGUAGUUCUUUUGGCACUUAAACUAUCUCCAUCACUCAGUAGUUAACUUAGAUGACACUAUAAGUGUCUCUCAUAUCAUAGUGAAAUAUAGAAUUAUCUAGAUAAUAAUUCAGAUAAUUUGAUUUGUUCUUCCCACUCUAUCCAAUCUUUCCUCAAAUGCAUCUUCAAUCCAAGAAACAUGUAUUCUGGAAACUACACUGAUGCCUUCCAUCACUUUUGUGUGUGUUUUCAUGAGUAGGUUACUGAGGGUUUUUUUUGUUUUGUUUUGUUUUUUGGUUUGUACAUGAGUAUUUCAGCCAGUAAGGUAGGUGUGCAGGAAUGUCGUUAUGUUACCUGAGUACUGUGGCUAGUGUAAGGAUAUAGGUAUGCAGGGAUAUAGGUGAGAGUAGCAGGAAAAGGCUUAAAGUUGAUUGUAGGCUUGGUAAUAGUAUUGGUGGGUACCUGUGUGUAUUCAUCAAGAGUGGAAAGAAAUGUUUGGCCAUGUAAUGGUGGCAAAUGAAUGACUUUCUUUCAUGGUCAGACUACAGGAAUGCCUUCCUGAAUUAUAUGGUAAUUUUGACCAAAACACAAUUAGCUAAAAUAUUCAGAUAACAUAAACAGCGGUUUUGCAGUUUGAAUUAUCUAGGAAACUAUCACAAUUUUCCAUUUUUCUUUGAUUUUGAUUGUUCAUUGAUGCGCAACUCAAAGAUUGAGCAUCAUCAUCUAGAAUCUCAGUUUUACAGUGGCCUAAGAAAAGUUGGUUAUGAUAAUUCUUAAAGGACAACAUACAUAAAGUAUUAGAAAAAUAUUCUGUUGUAAAAUAAACUUCUGAUAAAUUUUUAUUCUUAGCAGAAAGGUAGGCACUUCAGAAUUCUUAAUUAAACUUUGUUGAAAAAAUUUUGAAUUCUUUAAAUUCAAGUAGUUUAAAUUUAAAACCCUUUGUUUUUAAUAUCUUGCAAUUUUCCACAAAGGAUUUGUCAUGUGUGUAUAACUUUUUAAAGAUACCUGAAUCACUGUUACAAAAAAAGAUACUUGGCCGGCGCCGCGGCUCAAUAGGCUAAUCCUCUGCCUAGCGGCGCUGGCACACCGGGUUCUAGUCCCGGUCGGGGCGCCAGAUUCUGUCCCGGUUGCCCCUCUUCCAGGCCAGCUCUUUGCUGUGGCCAGGGAGUGCAGUGGAAGGUGGCCCAAGUGCUUGGGCCCUGCACCCCACGGGAGACCAGGAUAAGCACCUGGCUCCUGGCUUCGGAUCAGCGUGGUGCGCCGGCCAUGGUGGCCACUGGAGGGUGAACCAACGGCAAAAGGAAGACCUUUCUCUCUGUCUCUCUCUCUGUCCACUCUGCCUGUCCAAAAAAAAAAAAAAAAAAAAAGAUACUUGUCAUCACUUUGCUAUACUACUUAAAUUUUUUAACCGCAUGAUUUCUGCUUUGCAAUAGAUGAAUAAAAAUUUUGUGUGUACUCCUGUAAGCCAUCAAAUACAUAUCUGUUUUGAUUUCUAGCUUGAAAAGAACUAUAUUUCAAUUCUACCAUCACUAAGAGUUGUUCUAGGUAUUUAUAAUAGAGAUAGAAAACUUGUCUGGAGUCACUGGAGAAAAGUUUCAUGCAGCAAAUGGACUAGUGAAUAAAUUUUGAAAGCUAGAGAGCAGGUGUUGCAUGUGAGUGGAACCUACGCACACGAUGUGUACAGAGGCUUUGGAAUAUAGUGAAGAAUAAUAUUGGCUACAUGGGCUGGAGUCAGCUUUUUAAAAGGUCCAAAUCUAGGCAGACUUUCGACCAGGGGUUGCAAACUGUCAGUUUAUGGGCCACAUCUGGUUUACAGAUGUUUUUUUGCAAACUAAAUGUAGUCAGAAAAUACUCAUACAGUGUUUCAAAAUCUUGGGGUUCAAAGAAGAAGGUUUUACUGAAGAAUCUUUAUUACUGAUAGUGGAAAAUCUGAUAACAUUUUGGUCUACCUGCCUACAAGGCAACAAAGACCUGGAGCUGAGGUAGUAGCUGUCUUGUUAGGUAAGGUGUGACUCUCCAGGGUGCUACAAUUCCCACAGCCCCUUGUAGUUUCCCUGAUGCAUCACUUAUCAUUGACAAAUUGAGACCACUCGCCCUUCACCAGCACAGUGACACUGUUGUAUUCUUACAUUAAGUGUUUCUCUUUUACCAUGCGUCUGUUGAUACUAGGAAAGAUAAAUCAAGAAAAAUGAGUGUGUGUGUGUGUGUGUGUGUGCGUGUGUGUGUGAAGUAAAGAAUGGCCCUGCUCAAGAGAGACAUCCAGGUAUUUCACUGUGUUCUAUCACCCUUCAGGCCCAAGUAGGAAUUUAUUAUUUGACUCAUUAUUGACAUUAUACCAUUAGCCAAUUGGAUUGCUCUUGAUUUUAAGUGGAAGCCUGAGAUACUGAAAAUAUAAGGUUGUCUUUGAUUGCUGAUCUCCAGUUGUACCACUUUCAGCUUUAUUGUAUACAUGUGCCUGUUGGACAGGAAGAGGUCCUUUAGACUUAACAGAAUUUUCCACAAAGUAAGAAGGAGCCGAAGGGACAAGGACAAAGAAAACCAGGAAGAAGGCAGAGUCUCCUUCCCUUCCUUUCUUCCUCACAGUAGAGUCCUGUUUAGAGCUUUAUCGCAGUCUGCCUUGUGUUUUGGUUAAUUUAGGCCAGGGACCAUUCAUCUAACAUAGCAACAUAUUCAAUAUGCUUUUGUUGAAUUAUUAAUGAAAAAUAAAAGGAAACUUGAGUUUGUAGCUCUAACGGCUUUUGGAGGUUUUCAGUUGCAUAAACUGUCCAUUGGAGGCAAGGAAUGGGAAAGAAGGGCAUGAGAUUGUCAGUAAAUAUGUUAAAUAAAGAAUAUCUUUUUUUUUUUUUUGACAGGCAGAGUGGACAGUGAGAGAGAGAGACAGAGAGAAAGGUCUUCCUUUGCCAUUGGUUCACCCUCCAAUGGCCGCCACGGCCUGCAUGCUGCGGCCGGCGCACCACACUGAUCCGAUGGCAGGACCAGGAGCCAGGUGCUUUUCCUGGUCUCCCAUGGGGUGCAGGGCCCAAGCACCUGGGCCAUCCUCCACUGCACUCCCUGGCCACAGCAGAGGGCUGGCCUGGAAGAGGGGCAACCGGGACAGAAUCCGGCGCCCCGACCGGGACUAGAACCCGGUGUGCUGGUGCCGCUAGGCGGAGGAUUAGCCUAUUGAGCCACGGCGCCGGCCUUAAAUAAAGAAUAUCUUAAAUGUGCAUAUGGAUGAUUAAAUACCAAGAAUACAUUUUGUUGCGCCACUGUAACUUGGGUGUGAAUCAGAUACUGCUUAUGAAAUAUUACCCAGUGUAUAUAUUAGAAACUAGGGAGAGAAUUAUUAUUUUCAGAAAGGAAACAUACCAAUUUAUGUAGGAACUUCUCAAAGUCACUCUGAACUUCAUAAGGCUUCUUCAUAGCCUUUGCUUGGAGUCUAAUUAUGGAUAAGGAAAAUUAGUAGCCAAACUGUCUUUAUACUGACACAAAUUAAUAGCCAACAUUUAUAAAGAUUUUAAUAUGUGGGGCUGGCACUGCAGUGCAGCAGGUUAAAGCCCUGGCCUGCAGCGCCGGCAUCCCAUAUGGGCGCCAGUUCAAGUCCUGGCUGCUCUACUUCCAAUCCAGCUCUCUGCUAUGGCCUGGGAAAGCAGAAGAUUCCCAACUCCUCAUAAAAUUUGUAGGAAGUAAAAUUUUCUGAAAAUUCAAAGUACACACUGCUGUACCAGGAAGUGUGGAUUAGGUGACAGGCCUGUUCUAGGUUCCUUCCGUGUUUCUUCAGUCUGAGGCUACCAAGUCGUAGGUCUUUUGCAUUGAUGCUCUGUGACAGACACAUGCCCCUCACUCAGUCUUUAUCUCUGUCAGUUUUUUCUCCUCAACCUCUGUUUUCUUCUCACUUUCUGUUUUCCUCUGGGUCACACAUCUGUCUUUUCAUUCUUAUCCCAAACUGGCUCUUAUUCAUAAUCCUGUUUAAACACACUCCAAAUUAUCCCUGGUGCCCUUUCUCAGUUGCACCCUUUUAAUGUAUACCAGUCACUGGUUUUAGAAUAUUCACCAAGUCAGCUGGCACUGCACCUCACUUGGCUAAUCCUCCGCUUGUGGCGCCGGCACUCCGGGUUCUAGUCCGGGUCGGGGCGCCGGAUUCUGUCCCGGUUGCCCCUCUUCCAGGCCAGCUCUGCUGUGGCCAGGGAGUGCAGUGGAGGAUGGCCCAAGUGCUUGGGCUCUGCACCCCAUGGGAGACCAGGAGGAAGCACCUGGCUCCUGGUUUCAGAUCAGUGCAGCACGCCGGCCGUAGCAGCCAUUUGGGGGGUGAACCAACGGAAGGAAGACCUUUCUGUCUCUCUCACUGUCUAACUCUGCCUGUCAAAAAAAAAAAAAAAAUAUUCACCAAGUCCUGUGGUCAUUGUCACUAUCUAAUCCUCCCUCUUGUGCCUGCCUUUCGACUUCAUGGGUGUAGUUUUUUUGAAGAUGACAGAUGGAAGCUUAUAUGCCAUGCCUAUAAAUUUUACAAGCACAUGGGAUUUAUAUAGCCAAAUGAGUAUUUUCCCCUUCACUUUCUCCUACAACGUGCCCUUACAUAAAAUAUAUCUGGAUGCUUCUUGGGGGUUACCCUGAGAACUCGCCUAGAUUCUUCUGCACAGCUUCGACGGUGAGAAAUUCUGUCUUGUGUGGAUUUAUUUGUGGAAACCUGUAACACCACUUGAAAUUUGACCUUACACGUUUGAAUGUGAGGUUUCUGGUAAGGGGGAUAAGAUUCUAAAAUAAUGGGUUGGAUUUUUUCAUAUAAGUGAAAACUAGUUUUCUAAGUUCCAAAAUAGUAUUUACAAGUAUGACAUGUGACUGGCGCAGUUCUAGUUUCCCAGGGGGGCUUUUUGUGAAGGGCUGUACCCAUCUGAUACUGAUUCUUGUGCAUGUGGGUGUGUUGGAAGAAGUGGUUGUUCUUAAAAUUUGUAGUUUUCCUUUUUAUACUCCAAUUUAUAAAAUAAACAAAUUAAAUAAGCUCAA